AUGGAACCAUCACAGCAAGGACAGGAAGGCUUUUGGGCUGAUUUUAACCAGGGUGGCACUGAUACACAACAGCAACAAACAGAAGAAAGAUCCAAUUCGUUCGAGUCUGCCUCAGAGGAACAGAACGGUGACCAUAGUGAGCACGAAGAAAACGCGAAACAAAAACCAAAUUGGCAGGACACAAACAAGUCCAAACUGCAAAAUAUUCUGUCUUCGCGUCGAAAAUCGAUACAUCAAAAAGAUGACGACGAGGAAGAGGAGGAACUACCAGUACUACCCAAACCAUCUCGUAUCCGAAAAUCUCGUAGUACAGGCGAUGGCGACCAAGCUGCUCCUGUUGCUCGACCGGGAGCCUUGCGACGUGCCAAGAGUCGGCCAUCUCUGAGUCCGCCGUCUAUGAGUCUUCACCGAGAAAAGUCACGGCGAUCAUCCCUCAGUCCUCGGAGAACAGAUACACCACGACGAAAUUCGUCGCUCAGUCCUCGUGCGCGACGCAAAGUCAAUCGAGAACGUUCCCCCGUAUUAUUCGAAGCCACUUGGCGACGGGAAAAACCAAGACCGUCUGCAGAAAAACCAAGACAGACGUCCAACGGCGAAAAGCCAAGACAGGCGGGAGAAAAGCCAAGACGUCGUUCCGUGGGACCCGACGAGGAUCGGGUAAGACGACGAUCCGUGGGACCUAAUGAUGCGAAACCGAGACGACGAUCUGUGGGACCGGAUGACGCGAAACCGAGACGACGAUCCGUGGGGGCGGAACGCCGUGGUGGGGACGAGAAAGCGAAGCGUCGGGACCGUUCUUUGGGACCGGGGGAAGACAACAACAAAUCGAGACGUCGUGAGCGGUCGCCCAUGCACGAGGACAAAUCAAGACGCAGGAGGGAUAGGUCUCCCGCGGCAGCUGGAGACGAGCGUACGAAACCACGACGAAAUAAUAGAGAUACGAGUCGAUCACCGGCAACAAAGGGUAGGAACACCCGAAGCCCAAAGAGAAGCUCGGUUUCUGGUGGCAAGGGUCGCAGCCCCAUUCGAAGGGCCAAAUCCAUGGAUGAGAAUCAAGCUUUCUUUGACAAGUUGGACGUUACUAGAUCGGCAAAAUCAACCGAUCAGCACUUGGCCAAGCCGCGCCAGAAUCGGAGUAGUAUCAGUCAAGACAACAACAGCACGCUCCAUGCAUCUUUCAGUGGUGUUGUUGACGCCUCCUGCAGUCCAUCAGAGAGGCGACAUGGAAGGCUAACCAAUUCCCCGAACAAACGCCCACAAUCGGCAAAGUGUAAAAACUCGCUCAAUAAGGGGACCAGUCUGCGACGUCUCAUGGCAGAGGGACAAAAAAGCAAACCCAAGCUCCAAGACUUGGAUGAUGACGAUGACGUCAGCAUUGAUGACACCAUUAGCUGGGUUCGGACGACACCCGUGAAACGAACAACCAAAGAAAAACCAAUGCCCAGUCCGCGAAUCGCGAAACUGACUCGAAGAACUUCGAGUGGUACCCCGCCACCGGGUAGGCGAGAUCAUCUACGAAAAGCGCUCUCGGAAAAGCACGUCUCCAAAAGCAUGCGGAAGACGCGGUCUGUGGACGCGACCACCUACAAUUCAAAAUCCUUCAAAGUCACCAGCAAGGGGCAACGCAUGAAGGAACUGGGACAUCCGGUGGACGACAAUCAUGAAAUGUCGCUCACAGAGCUGAUGCCGCUGAAGCAGCCAAAGUCAACUCAUUCCUCUCUCAACCAGAACGCGAGCCACCAGGGAAACAAUAGUCGAACCAGACUGGCCGUGGCGACUUUAGCCGACAGUUUUAAUGGGUCGUCCAAGAUGCUGGGGCAGCAAUCUACCAAGAAGCCAUUCUCAUUGGACGAUAGCAAUUUGUCCCUCGAGGAUGUUCUUCCGCCUUCUGCAUUACAUCAGAAUCAAUCUUCCGUGGAUGAUCAUUGCAACGAGGACGAAAACGACAAUGAAGGUGACAAACGCAAUGUGGGAACCAAGGAGGAAAUUGGAGGCUCGACAAUCUUAGGCAGCGGAAAAUCCAAAUCAGAUUUGGACGAAAGCCAGGAAGGUAAACACAAGGCACGAAAACACAAGAGAAAGGACGAAAGCCUUCGGGGGAGUGCGGGGUCAUCGGAGCAUCCUCACAGACGCCGUGGCAGAGAUGGGACCAUGCGUGCGAGCACGGGGACGACCCCACCGAAGGAUGACAAUCAUCAUCACAGAAACCGAAGCCACGAUGAGAGUCUGCGUGCAAGCACGGGAACAUCUCACAACGAUCGCAGAUCGAGAAGCCCCAAGCAGCGCAGUACCAAGGACCUUCGAGUCGGUAGCACUGGUUCGUCGCACCAGGACGACAGGAGGCAUAAAAGCUCGAGGGAUUUGAGAGCUAGCACCGGCUCCUCGGACCACCACGAAGAUCGCAAGCCUUCUAGUAAGAGCUGCCGAGAUUUGAUAGCUAGCACCGGUUCGUCGCACGAACACAGGUCUAGGAGCCCAAAGAUUGGGAAAGCUAGCAAUGUGCGAUCAUCGUCGACUGGAUCGUCCGGUGACAAGCCAAGUUGA